CUGCCGUGAAUUUGCAGUAGUGAAGUUCCUGGUAGAUGGAAUAUUUUUAGUGGGGCCCUGUGACCUGAGCAUCAAGGAAAUGCUUUUCGACACCGUGCCCGUGAGGCUCUAUCGGUGCAAAACAUCAAAUCCCGAGAAGAGACGAGGACUUGUGUGGAUUCACGGAGGAGCGGGCCUUUUUGGAAGCCUCAAAAGCCACGAAAGGCUGUGCCGUUUCUUUGCCCAGGAAAGUGCCACCGUGGUCGUAUCUAUCGGGUAUCCCUUGGCACCAGAACACCCCUACCCAGCUCAACAACGCAGCUGCUACGCGGCCGUAUCGUACUUCCUGGAGCACGCGCAGGACUUGGGCGUGGACCCUCAGCGGAUCGUGUUGGGUGGCGACAGCAGUGGAGGCUCCGUCGUGGCGGCCAUUUCUCAACAACUUGUGUUCAGGAAGGACCUGCCCCAGGUCAGGGCCCACGUGCUAAUCUACCCUUACCUCCAAGGUGUGGAUUUCAACCUGCCAUCUUACCAGCAAAACCAGUCAGUGCCCCUCUUACUCAUAAGAGAUAUGGUCCGUAUUGGCAAGUUUUACCUCACCGGAAAGACCUCCGACGUCGAUGGAGUGAUGGCCAACGCUCACUAUCCGGAACAUCUCAGGGCCAAGUACCAGAAAUGGAUCAGCGCCGAACUUAUUCCGGAAGAAUUUAAAGUCCGGGGUUACAUCCCUUUCGUACCCGGUCGGUUUUCAGAAGACCUCUUCAAAGAAUGCGAGAGAGCUUUUGAUCCCAUGUUUUCGCCACUCCUGAUGGAAGACGCCGUCCUCCGACGGUUUCCAGAGACGUUCCUUUUGACCUGCGAAUACGACAUUUUCCGAGACGAUGGCUGGCUGUACAAGAAACGGCUGGAAGACAACGGGGUGCCUGUCACCUGGCAUCACCUGGAGGACGGAUUCCACGGGAUCACCUCGCUGUUAGGAUUUGGGCCACUGGAGUUUCCCGGGACGAGGAGGGGUCUCAAAAGUAUCAUCCAAUUCCUCGAACGCUUCUAGAAACCCAACGACCACCUUCUUCUGCUCUGUUCGUCUUUCCUGCUUGGUGACUUUGCCUGGUGUGUUUGUGUGUGUGUGUGUGUGUGAGUGGGAGGCACUCACGCACAACUCCAUUUGUUUGAGUGGCGUGUGUGCCACCCCCUCCACUCGCAUGAAUGGAGCUCCAGGCAAGCUGUUGUACUGAUGGAUUGUUCUCACAGUCAGAAAAUUCCUACUUAGUUCCAGGUGACGUGAUCUGUCCCAGGUGAACUCUUCCGUCCUUCCGUGGUCAGUAAAAUGAGGACCCAGUUUCUUGGGGGUGAUAGGCUGGCUCUCUAAGCACUUUACAAAACUAGCCUAUUGCCCCAUAUAAUCUGGGUCCUCAUUUUACCGACCUCGGAAGGACGGAAAGCUGAGUCAACCUUGAGCCGGUCAGGAUCGAACUGCUGGCAGUGGGAAGGGUUAGCCUGCAAUCCUGCAUUCUAACCGCUAUGCCACCAAGGAGAAUAGAAUAGAGUGGAACGGAAUAUGGAAUAUGGAAAAUAAUAGAAAAUAGAAUAGAAUAAUAAAAUCGGGAAAAAUCGGUCCUAAAUCACAUUUUUCAGGGCUUUUGUAACUGCAAACGGUCAUUAAAUGUUGUGCUAUUAGAUAAUCCCCUAAUUAUGACGCAGCAGCGUGCGGCGGCAGCCGAAAAAGCCGAUUGAAUCCUAGGUUGCAUAAACAGAUUAAUAAAACCAGCAUCACGUGAAGUAUUAUUGGUGCUUUACAGAGCCUUAGUAAGGCCACACCUGGAAUCCUGCAUCCAGUUUUGGCCGCCACAUAUUACAAAAUAGACGCUGAGACUCUGGAAAAAGUGCAGAGAAGAGCAACUAGGAUGAUUGAAGGCCUGGAGACUAAGACAUAGGAAGAGCGGUUGCAGGAUUUGGGUUGCAAAUUGUGGUUUUCUCUGGCAGGGUGCAAUUCCUCCUGCAGCCAUCGGGGGGCAUCCCCAGAGAGGGAAUUGCUGGAUAAAUUCCCUGUGGGACAAAUUUUCCCAGGGUGAAGGCCAUACAAGAGAGAGAGAGAGAGAGAGAGAGAGAGAGAAUUCUAGUAACAAUAAUAUUCAUUACUUGUAUAUAAUAGCAUCCUUCCAGUUUCUAAUUUCUACCCUUUAUUAUCUAAAUAAAUCCCAAGUUUAAGAGUAGUUUGUAUCUUCUUCAUCAUUUAUCUUCGACGUUAACCUAUCCGUUUCUGCACAGUCUAGUAUAUAUUUUUUUUAUUCUAUUUUUAUCUGUCAAUGAAAACUCUCAGUCAAUGCGGUUUUUGUCUCGAAAUUCUCGGUCCGGGAUAGCCUCCGUUGGGGAAAAGUUGUUCUGGGA